GUGCGGCGGUCCGCGACACACUGACGCCAGCCGCUAGAGCUGCUCGAGCUGUAUGAAUGCUUUGAAGGAACGCACCAGGUAUACUAAGAUAAUCCAACCUAGCCUUGGAACAACGCACCUUUCUGCAAUACUUCUGUUCCUGUGUCGCAGUGGUUACAUUUUUGUUACUUUUGGAGGAGGUAGAGGAAAAGUUUCCUAGUUCCUGCGGGUCUCGCCUCUCAUAUUAAGCAAAAACACUAGACUCUUGUGUGUGUUGCUGUAUCCUACGGAGUCACUGUGACAGUGCUGGCUGGGGCGCACAUAGCGCCACAAUGAACGUCACAUCACUCUUCUCCUUCACCAGUCCAGCAGUGAAGCGGCUGUUGGGCUGGAAGCAAGGCGACGAAGAGGAGAAGUGGGCAGAGAAGGCGGUGGACGCACUGGUCAAGAAGUUGAAGAAGAAGAAAGGUGCCAUGGAGGAGCUCGAGAGGGCCCUCAGCUGCCCUGGUCAGCCCAGCAACUGUGUCACUAUCCCUCGCUCGCUGGACGGAAGGCUCCAGGUGUCGCACCGGAAGGGGCUGCCACAUGUCAUCUAUUGUCGCGUGUGGCGUUGGCCUGACCUGCAGUCACACCAUGAGCUCAAGGCCUUGGAGUGUUGUGAGUUCCCCUUUGGAUCAAAGCAGAAAGAUGUGUGCAUCAACCCCUACCACUACAAGAGGGUGGACAGUCCAGUGCUGCCUCCAGUGCUGGUGCCACGAAACAGUGAGUUCAACGCUAAACUCUCUAUGCUGCCACGUUUCCGCAACCCACUGCACCAGACGGAGCCCCACAUGCCUCAAAACGCCACCUUCCCUGACUCCUUCCCCCAGCAGCCAGCAAACACCCUUCCCUUCACCCCAAACUCCCCUACCAACAGCUACCCUAGUUCACCCAACAGCGGCACAGGCAGUACCGCCACCUUUCCCCAUUCACCCUCCAGCUCUGAUCCAGGGAGCCCCUUUCAGAUGCCAGAAACUCCCCCACCUGCUUAUAUGCCCCCAGAGGAACCAAUGACGCAGGACUGUCCCCAGCCAAUGGACACUAACCUGCUUGCUCCGAACCUGCCUGUGGAGAUCAGCAACCGGCCAGAUGUUCAGCCUGUGGCCUAUGAGGAACCCAAGCACUGGUGCUCCAUUGUGUACUAUGAGCUGAAUAAUCGGGUGGGAGAAGCCUUCCAGGCCUCUUCCACUAGUGUACUGGUGGACGGCUUUACUGACCCCUCCAACAACCGCAACCGCUUCUGCCUGGGUCUGCUGUCGAAUGUCAACCGCAACUCCACGAUUGAGAACACCAGACGCCACAUUGGAAAAGGAGUCCAUUUGUACUAUGUGGGAGGAGAGGUGUAUGCUGAAUGUUUGAGUGACAGCAGUAUCUUUGUCCAGAGCCGCAACUGCAACUACCACCACGGUUUCCACCCCACCACUGUAUGCAAGAUCCCCAGUCGCUGCAGCCUCAAAAUCUUCAAUAACCAGGAGUUUGCAGAACUCCUGGCACAAUCCGUCAAUCAUGGUUUUGAAGCCGUCUAUGAACUGACCAAGAUGUGCACCAUUCGCAUGAGCUUUGUAAAGGGUUGGGGUGCAGAGUACCAUCGACAGGAUGUGACAAGCACCCCAUGCUGGAUUGAGAUUCAUCUUCACGGUCCCCUGCAGUGGCUGGAUAAAGUCCUCACCCAGAUGGGCUCCCCUCACAACCCUAUUUCCUCUGUGUCCUAGACAGAGCUGACCAUAAAGCAAUGGCUGUUGGAACCCUCUCAAUCUAGGUUCCCACAGAGCAGUUGA